AUGCCAUCAGCCCCAUCCGAGCGGGAAAGCUUCUGGAGUCAGUCAGCUGCAGCAAGUGAAGUGCAUCAGCAGCUUCUCAGACGAGACCGAGCCAGGUCGGCCCUGACCGCGCGUGCAAAAGCAGCAACAGUCCAAAAGGCUUUGCAAGACCUCGAGACGCUCUUCGCGGCAAUGGGCCGGCAGUAUGAUGAUCUCGAAGAUGGGGCUCAACACGAUGCCAGGACUGGUUCUCGACGUAUGGACCGUAUGGACAGGGAAGGGACACAUGGACAGGCUAUGCAGUCCAUGCAGUGGCGGCUGUCGGAGCAACAGGCCACGUCGCGGCAGCUUCGGACAGAGCUUGCUGAGUCGCUCUAUCAGGAACAGGCAGCGCAAGAAGCUGGUCUUCGGUUGCUGACAGAUGCGCAGGUUCACGAGCUGGAGCUUCGCGAGCUGCGGCUACAACUUGCAGCCAGCGAACAUCGCAACUCGCAGCUUUCUCGCUCGCUGCCACGUUGA